AUGAUUUUCGAGGACGAGGAUCUUAUCAGAUACGGUGGCCCACAAGCCGAUGAUGGAGGCGAUGAUGCCGCCCGCAAGGCGGAGGAGCGUGAGCGUAAGAAGGCCGAAGUCCGUAAGCGUCUCGAGGAAGCUGGAAAGAAGGGAAACAAGAAGAAGGGUUUCUUGACCCCUGAAAGAAAGAAGAAGCUCCGUAAACUUCUUAUGAUGAAAGCAGCUGAGGAUUUGAAGCAGCAGCAGAUGCUCAAAGAGCAGGAGAGACAAAAGACACUCCAACAGAGAAUCAUCGCGCUUCCAAACUUGGACACCAUUGACGACCAAGGAAAACUCAUCCAAAUCUACGAGGAGAUGUUCGCACGCGUCUGUGCUCUUGAGGAGGAGAAAUACGAUAUCAACUACUUGGUCGGGCAAGCUGAGGCUGAAAUCAACCAGCUCACCAUCCAAGUCAAUGAUCUCCGCGGAAAAUUCGUGAAACCAUCGUUGAAGAAGGUCUCCAAAUACGACAACAAGUUCAAGGCGUCCGCUACUGGACAGAGCAAGGAGAAGGCUGACUUCCGUGCAAACCUCAAGGUGGUUAAGAAGGAGACUGGAAUUGAUGAGAUUAUGGCUAAGAAGAAAAAUGACGGAAAGCCAGAAUGGUCGAAGAAGGCUACCACAGGAGAAGAAGAGAAGAAGAAGGAGGAUGGAGACGCGGCUCAAGCUGCUCCAGCCGAGGAAGCUCCAGCAGAGGAGCCGGCUCCAGCAGAGGAAGAAGAAGAAGAGGAAGAGGAAGAGGAAUAA